UUAGCUGUGCCUGUCAGCAGCUGGCGGAGCUGGAGGCUGCAGCCCCCGUCUGCAGAAGCCGGUUACUUCAGAAUAUUGGGGGGUGCAAACCCCGCCUCUUUUUUCCUGCACUUUGCACCAGCUGACUGACUAAAUGGUUGGCCUGGGAACCAAGGGGCUGCCAGACCAUCUAAGGAAACUGCCUCCGACGAGGUCAUGUUUGCAAUUGAAGAAUUCAGUGAACAGAGUAUCUGCCAAGCCCGGGCUUCCGUGAUGGUCUACGAUGACACCAGUAAGAAGUGGGUGCCCAUCAAACCCGGCCAGCAGGGGUUCAGCCGCGUCCACAUCUACCACAACACUGCCAGCGGCACCUUCCGGGUCGUGGGCGUGAAGCUUCAGGACCAGCAGGUUGUGAUCAAUUAUUCAAUUGUGAAAGGGCUGAAGUACAACCAGGCGACGCCGACCUUCCACCAGUGGCGAGACGCCCGCCAGGUCUACGGCUUGAACUUCGCGAGCAAGGAAGAGGCGACCACCUUCUCCAACGCCAUGCUGUUCGCCCUGAACAUCAUGAACUCCCAAGAAGGAGGCCCAUCCACCCAGCGGCAGGUGCAGAAUGGCCCCUCUCCUGAUGAGAUGGACAUGCAGAGAAGACAAGUGAUGGAGCAGCAGCGCCAGGAGUCUCUCGAGAGAAGAACCUCAGCCACAGGACCCAUCCUCCCGCCCGGCCACCCCUCCAGCCACGACGAGAGCUCCGUGUCGGGACUGGCCGCCGCCCUGGCCGGGGCCAAGCUGAGACGAGUCCAGCGGCCUGAAGACGCGUCUGCAGGCUCCAGCCCCAGCGGGACCUCCAAGUCCGACACCAACCGGGCCAGCAGUGGGGGCGGGGGCGGCGGCCUCAUGGAGGAGAUGAACAAACUGCUGGCCAAGAGGAGAAAAGCAGCUUCCCAAACAGACAAGCCGGCCGACAAAAAGGAAGACGAAAGCCAAACGGAGGAACAGAGCACCUCUCCGUGCCCCGGGGGCCGUGCUGCCAGCCAGGCUCCCAACCCCUCAGACGCUGGCCGGAAGCCCUGGGAGCGGAGCAACUCGGUGGAGAAGCCCGUGUCCUCGUUGCUGUCCAGAACCCCGUCUGUGGCCAAGAGCCCCGAAGCUAAGAGCCCCCUUCAGUCGCAGCCUCAUUCUAGGAUGAAGCCGGCGGGGAGCGUGAACGACGUGGCCCUGGACGCCUUCGAUCUGGACAGGAUGAAACAGGAGAUCCUGGAGGAGGUGGUCCGGGAGCUGCACAAGGUGAAGGAGGAGAUCAUCGACGCCAUCAGGCAGGAGCUGAGCGGGAUCAGCACCUCCUAGCGCCCACUGCACCCCAGGAGCCGCCGCGCCCGCUCGCAGGACGCUGGACGCGCCUCACCGGUGCUCGCCUGUGGGGAUGUCACACGAGGGAAGAAGUCCGACUCCUGGAUUUUUUUAGAUUCUACCUGACACAAAACACCAGGUCUCCUCGCCUUUUUUUGAAUUUUAUAUUUGCUUAUUUAAGUGUCCAUUUCUUUUGGUUUACGAGACGACACCCCAAGUCACGCUUCCUUAGGUGGUGUCCCAGUUCUCUCCCAGCUGACGCUGUCCACACCGGUGUCUGUGUCCACGUGGUAAUAAACGGUCACUGUCCACGCCG